AUGUCCGAUUUCCAAGAAGUUACCGAAUCCACUCCAAAAGUUCAAGUCAAUCCUUAUGGCCCAAACCCAAGUGAUUUUUUGUCCAAUGUCCAAAACUUCCAAUUGAUCGAAUCCACUUUAAGAGAAGGUGAACAAUUUGCCAACGCCUUUUUCACCACUGAAAAGAAAAUUGAAAUUGCCAAGGCUCUAGAUGACUUUGGUGUUGAUUACAUUGAAUUGACUUCUCCUGUUGCUUCUGAACAAAGUAAAAAGGAUUGUGAAGCUAUUUGCAAAUUGGGCUUAAAAGCUAAGAUCUUAACACAUAUCCGUUGUCACAUGGAUGAUGCUAGAGUUGCUGUUGAAACCGGUGUUGAUGGUGUUGAUGUUGUUAUUGGUACCUCGAAAUUUUUAAGACAAUAUUCUCACGGUAAGGAUAUGAAUUAUAUCUCCAAGGCCGCUAUUGAAGUUAUUGAAUUUGUCAAAUCCAAGGGUUUGGAAAUUCGUUUUUCUUCAGAAGAUUCUUUCAGAUCAGAUUUGGUGGAUCUAUUAAACAUUUACAAGACUGUUGAUAAAAUUGGUGUUAACAGAAUUGGUAUUGCUGAUACUGUUGGUUGUGCUAACCCAAGACAAGUUUAUGAAUUGGUCAGAACUUUGAAAAGUGUAGUUUCUUGUGAUAUUGAAUGUCAUUUCCACAACGAUACAGGUUGUGCCAUUGCUAACGCCUAUACUGCUUUAGAAGGUGGUGCUAGAUUGAUCGAUGUUUCUGUCUUGGGUAUCGGUGAAAGAAACGGUAUUACCCCAUUGGGUGGUUUGAUGGCUAGGAUGAUUGUUGCAGCACCAGAUUAUGUCAAGUCUAAAUAUAAAUUACAUAAAUUACGUGAUUUAGAAACCUUAGUUGCUGAAGCAGUCGAAGUCAAUAUUCCAUUCAAUAACCCAAUUACUGGGUUCUGUGCAUUCACUCACAAAGCUGGUAUUCACGCCAAGGCUAUAUUGGCCAAUCCAUCUACAUAUGAAAUUCUAAACCCAAGUGAUUUUGGUAUGACCAGAUAUAUCCACUUUGCUAACAGGUUGACUGGUUGGAAUGCUAUUAAGAGUAGAGUUGAUCAACUAAACUUACAUUUAACUGACGCUCAAUGUAAGGAAGUCACUGCUAAGAUCAAAAAAUUGGGUGAUAUCAGACCUUUGAACAUUGAUGACGUUGAUUCUAUAAUUAAGGAUUACCAUGCUGAAGUGUCCACGCCAGUUAUAAAGUCUAAAAAGAAGAGUAGCGAUGAUGUAGAUGAAAUUGAUAUUUCUAAACCAGCUGCCAAAAAAUCGAAGUUAUCUGAAUGA